AACAUGCUAUGAGCCCAAUACCCACAUUACACACAAAUGGUAUUUUCUUCCUCUUUUGAGAAAGAGAAUGGAAAAUUAAAAAUGGAGGGAAAUUAAACAAACCCUAAUAACUAAACAAACUCAAAUUCAGGGUCCAUUUCUCCAUGCAAUUUCCAUAAAAUCAAAUAGAUUUUUUACUGAGCUUUCAUUUUUGUGUUCCUAUUCAAUGGCGAGGCUACUUCGAAGCGCCAACACUUUUCUCCUCAAUCGCUCUUUCUUCAACCAUGGCCUUCCAACGCGCCAACACUUCAAAAAUGGAGUAUUGGGCACACCUCAAGUUUUGAGCUUUUCAACUAAUAAAGGUAAGAAGCGCGCUAAAUCAGAUGGAAGUGACUCGGGUGAAGAUAACAUGUCUAAGAAAGAUUUAGCCCUACAACAAGCCAUGGAUCAGAUCACCUCUACAUUUGGAAAGGGAUCUAUCAUGUGGCUUGGUCGUACUGUCUCACCCAAAAAUGUACCUGUAGUGUCAACUGGUUCUUUUGCUCUUGAUAUAGCCCUAGGAAUCUUUGGUCUUCCAAAGGGGCGCGUUGUGGAAAUAUUCGGUCCAGAGGCUUCUGGGAAAACAACUCUUGCUUUGCAUGUGAUUGCAGAGGCACAGAAGCAAGGAGGCUAUUGCGCCUUUAUUGAUGCUGAGCAUGCACUUGAUAAGUCACUUGCAGAGUCUAUCGGUGUAAAUACCCAGAACUUGCUUCUUUCACAGCCAGAUUGUGGUGAACAGGCACUUAGCCUCGUGGAUACCUUAAUUCGGAGUGGUUCGAUUGAUGUAAUUGUUGUCGAUAGCGUAAGUGUGGCUGCUCUUGUUCCUAAAGGUGAGCUUGAUGGUGAGAUGGGUGAUGCUCACAUGGCAAUGCAAGCUAGGUUGAUGAGCCAGGCUCUUCGGAAAUUGUGCCACUCCUUGUCGCUUUCACAGUGUAUAUUGAUUUUUAUAAAUCAGGUAAGGUCAAAGAUUUCUACUUUUGGUGGAUUCGGAGGGCCUACUGAAGUUACUUGUGGUGGCAAUGCAUUGAAGUUCUAUUCUUCUGUGAGGCUAAAUAUCAAAAGAAUAGGUUUUGUCAAGAAGGGUGAAGAGAUUUUAGGAAGCCAGGUUCUUGUCAAAGUUGUGAAGAACAAGCACGCCCCUCCAUUUAAAACUGCGCAGUUUGAGCUUGAAUUUGGAAAGGGCAUAUGCCGAGAAGCAGAGAUUAUAGAGUUGAGCAUAAAACACAAAUUCAUAAAAAAGAGCGGUUCGUUUUACGAAUACAAUUGCAAGAAUUUCCACGGCAAGGAAGCACUAAAAAAUCACCUGAUCAACAGCGACGGCUUACAAGAAUUAACAACAAAGCUUAGGGAAAAGCUUCUCAAUGCCGAGUCAGAAACAGUUUUGGAACAGCAGGCCAUAGAUGGAGAUAUUAUGGAAGAAACGUUAUCUCAUGAUGAAGAAGCUGCUAUUGUUGCAGAAGCUUGAAUUCACACAUUAUGUUAUGUUUUGAUUGCGGAAUUGAUCACAACUGAUGCACUCAAAUGAAUGUGGCUCUAAAAUGCAACCGGUUCUUCCUAUGCUUGUUUCGAUUGACAUCGUUCCUUACAGGCCAUGUGAAAGUUUUGUGGAGGAGGAAUCAAGUUUUGUGACUAUCUAGUUAGGAAUCAAGUGUCAAUGCUAGUCAAGGAUAUUAAUCUACAAUCUGUAUUAUAGUAUUGAUGCAUAUAUGUAGAGUAUGCAUUUGGUCGAGCAGUGGACAACUGUCACCGCGAGUUUAGAACUCUUAUUGGUUUUUUUUUUUGAAGCUUCAAUGUGUAGCUUCUGUUCUACAUGAUUUUUUCCAUUGUGAUUGAUACUUGAUAUUUUUCUAAACACAAUGGUACUCUUGCAUUUAA